AGUUUUAGAAGGUUUUCUACGUUAUUUAUCUUGUUUUUAAAAAAGGUUUUUGUGGUAUCUUUUGGAUAUUUCGACGAAGUUUAUAGAUAGUAGCCAUAACAAGGGAUUUGGCUAGCAGGCUGUAAAAUUUGCCUGCGUUUUGUCUUCUCUGAGCUUGGAAAACGAGCUCCAUGUUUGACCCAACAACGAAGGCGGGCAAAUCUUCACCCAAUCUUUCGUUGUGAGGGUCGCUUUAAACAAAAUUUAAAGGAAAUUCUGUCGUUUUUAUAAAUCGUUAAGAGUAAGAAAAGGAAGAAAAAACACUCCGUCAUGGAUUACGACCAUUUGGAUCCAGAAGGAAGCCUCAUGGAUAAAAUCCAAGCCCUAAUACAGCCUCCACAGUCGGCCAUACCUGUGAAGAGGACAAAAAAAUCGGACAAAGAAGCAAGAAAGGUUGGACGUACAGUUAAUCACGACAAUUGCGAUAGUUGUGGGGAAGGAGGUGAUCUGUUGUGUUGUGAUCGCUGCCCGUGCGCCUUUCAUCUGAGCUGCUGUGAUCCACCAUUAGAAGAAGAUGAUAUUCCUGAUGGCGAAUGGUUGUGUAUUGAAUGUAGAUUAACAGACAAGGAUGAGGAAAUGAAAGAUGUGGAAGAAAGAGGAAAAGGAAGUGAAGAAAAGGAAAACGAGAAAAAAGAAGAGAAUGAAAAGAAGGAUGAAAAACCCAAAGAUAAAGAAGUAGUGUCAGAACCAAAGCCUAAAGAAAUGUCCAAACCAGAGUCGCUGUUCUCAACACUAGUGAAAAUGAGCUCAGGGAAAAACCCAACGACUUUUACUCUUCCUCCUGAAUUAAAAUGCAAUACUGUAUUCCCAGGUGACAGGAAAAGACAGGGUAGCUGUGAUGAUAGAGGGCCUCCGCCAAAGAAUGGGAAACGCCUGGCACCAAGUUAUAUUGAUGACGAGGAGCCUGGUCUGCCUCCAGACAGACUUUGUUUCUCAUGCAGCAGGUCAGCACUGUUUAGUGACCUCGUUCACUGCGACUUCUGUCCACUUGCUUUCCACAUGGACUGCGUUAACCCUCCUCUUACGACCAAACCUGCAGGAAUGUGGAUGUGUCCAAACCAUGCUGAGCAUAAACAGCCUGGUCUGAGAGAUCCUCGUUUUACCAAGCGUUGUCAGGCUUACAAUGAUCUACAAAACAAUAUUUCUCAGCAUACAGUGAAGAUGAAUUUCCUGAGGAAAGCACACAGGCUUCAGAACCAUCCAGGUUUCAAGAGAAAAGCACACUUGCCCUCUGGCAGAAGAGCUUCUUUGGUUCCUCAAGCCAUCAAAGAUCAUUACAAGUCACCACCAAUCUUACUCUUACCAGAACACAUCAGAAAAAUGCAGGAACCUUUACCACUUUAUUCUCUCCCUCAGACAACGCCAUCCACAGAAGAACAGGAAGAGUGGUUGAAGUGUGUAGUGAAUCUCCAGUGUGAUAUUGCAAAGCAUCUUGUCAACACACAGUCCAACAAGCUGCUUGUUCCAGGCUGCUUACCAAACACAUCAGAAACAUCCCCAGGAAUUAAAUCAGAACCUUCUAAUGUUACAAACCUACCCUCAGCAAGUGCCGUCAAUGCUCUUGCAGCUAGUCUCAGUAACCUGUCAAAGGAUGUCUUUAAUGGAGUCAAGAAUGAGAUUGGAGCACAUAGUUCAGCGACUAGUAAUGUUGCAAAUGCUUGCAUUAGCAGGGUUGUUACCACAACAAUAACAACAUCAAGUGGUGGAAAGACUGUAACAAAACCUGUAACUAUACUUUAUGCUUCUCCUUCGAAACUACAAGCACAGAUGAAUGGACCCUUGAAUACAGCCAAAGGCAUCACACCAUCUUCUCUGAGCUCUCAGAUUGCAGCCAUGGCCUCCUCUGGUGCUUUGAGUAAUACCAAUACCAUAACCCUUAAACACGAACCUAUGGAUGUCAAUCAUGUUGAAGCCAAUAAAAAUCAAAUAGAUACAAUUAAACUUAUUAAUGACCUGACUCAAUUAAAUAAUUCAAAACCAAAGUCUACGGUAGGAAUAGUCAAGCCAGUAGCAGGGGUGUCUCCUGUUUCAACGUCAUUAGCUGGUAAUGCUAGUACAAAGGCUGCAACUGCCCUGGGAUCAGCUAUCGUCAGUGCUUUACCCACAUCAAGUAGUGGAAAACUCAACACUAAUACUCCAACAAAACUAAUAGUUCUUAGCAACGGCACUGGAAGCAUAUUAAAGACUAUAGGACUGGCAUCAAGUACUACGGCUGGACAAAUUCCUUCAGCUUCAGUUCUUACAUUACCUAGUAGUGUUUGUACGACAACCACAACUUCGGCACCAUCUAGCUCUACAAGUUCUACGGUGUUGUCAAGUCCUGUGCGAGGAGCUCAAGGAGCAGGAGUGACACCACUGGCCACUGCCAAUGCUAUUAAUAGCAUCUGUGCGGCAACAGGUGUGGAUGCCUUUAACGAACUAGGUAAACUAGACUCAAGAUUAAUACAAGUGCUUGCAUUUCAAAGACUACAACAGCUACUUGCACAGGCCAAGCCUGUACCACCAAGUCCAGUAACAUCCAGGAAAAUCACCUUCAAUGGACUAAAAGAUUCAGUAGUCUCACCCAACCAUACAGCUGUCCCGUCAGGUAGAUCAAUAGCAGUAUUGUGCCCCCUCACAGGAGCUGGACCUCCGAUGUCUAUGCUCCAUAAAUGCCUUUCACUUGGAAGAAGCGUUGACACAGAUGUUUGCCUACAAGACUACAGUCAUUGUAACUUCAUCUCAGAAAAGCACUGCUGUAUUUUCUACGAUGAGACUUCUGAUCAGUAUGAGUUGAUUAACUACAGCGAACAUGGAACAUACGUCGACAAUGUUCUCUAUUCCUGUGAUUUUUCUGAUAAACCAAAUCGUAACAUUACUUCCUCCAAAGACCUUGAUCCCACCAAAGUCGCCAAGUCGAAACUAAUCAAAUCAGCAGAAUCCAGAAUUACUUCAAAGGUGGCUCGUCGAACUGUUGGUUUCGGGGUUCAAAAAAUCUCCAAAACAUGCAACUGUACAACAAGCAGUUCUAAUUUAAUUGGUAGCAGUGGAGCCGGUUGGGAAGGCACUGCGCUACUUCACCAUGGUAGCUACAUAAAAGUUGGUUGUCAGCAAUUUGUUUUUAGUAUAACAAAUCAUGCAAAUAAACCAUCGUCAUCAACUAAGGCUAACUCGACUAGCAUCACCAGUAUACAAAGCUAGUACUAUUAACAACUGACCCUCAACAUUGGCGUGAUUUAAAUGCCAGCAUUUUUUACUGCCAGCAGUCCAACUAUUUUUGUAAUAUUAAAGUUCCAAAUUUUAUGCAUCGAUUAUCUGUGAAUUAUCGUGUUACCAAUAGGACGUUUGCAUGAUGGUGUCAUUUGACUCCCACUUCCAAGACGCUUUACAGAUUUUCUUUCUUAUUCAAAUUUUUUUAUCCCUCAUGAGAAUAGUAAGGCAAUUGGAGCUCUAAUACUAGACGCCACCAUGCAAAUGCCCUAUUUUAUUUGGUCUCAUUUGAACAAUGAGCAAUUAUAUUCUUGUAAAUUAUUUCCUGUACAAUGCUGUCAGUAUUAUUAGAUAUUUAUUGGAAUGUACCUUGGAGUAUGUCAGUGAGAGAUGUUUCAAAUACUCUUAAUAGACUUGAUCAAGGAGUACAUAUCAGUGUUUCAUCUGUAAAAAUAAAUAAUAUGACAAAUAAAAGCAAGAGGAUUACUUA